AUGAAUCACAUUCGUACUGUAUUCUGUUAUAUUAAUCCACUAAAUAUUGGUUUUUAUCAAGACUGUGAGAGAUUUGAAGUUCAAUCGUUGAAAAAUACAAUUGGAAAUGUCGAUGUUCUCUAUGUGACCAGCGAAGUGACUAAUGUUUAUUGCAAGGAAGUUUUAAAGCACUUCAAUGCAUCCAGCGAAUUAUUACUGGAAAGGAACCCAUUCGAAGAAGCUUGUGAAUUUCAACAAUUCUUUAUUCAAAACUACAAAAGAAUUGCAUUUCGUGAUGUAUACUCACUGGAUGAUAUGUUAUUGUUCAACGGUAAAAAAGCUAAAUUCACUCAUCCAAUAUCUCCGAAGCAAAUCAACCAAUUCCUCAAACACUGGAUCUGUGGGUCUAAUCUAAGACUUCAAGACAUGUUCCUAUCAAUCGAUAAUACUAAUUCCGUGAGCAGAGAAGUGCUUCUAAAAGGAAUUCAAUGUGUUGAUGUGGCAAAAGAAGUGAGACAGGAAAUCUAUCAAAAGCACUGCAUUGACAGUGUUCAUAUGGUUCAAAUCAAACGGAAAGACGGAACAAGUGCAGUGAUUGCCACCAACGGUUUCCUGAAUAUUCUUUAUGUCUAUUUUAUCGUUUUGUAUUAA